AGGAGGAAGGAGAACCCGGGGGCACGCUGGACAGAUGGAGGACGGCACCCAACAACUGGGACACUGCAUGGUUGACAUGAAGGAGCUGAGUGCCAACCCUGAAGGACUGACCGCUGCCGGUGUUUUUCUAACACCCAAGCUGCCUCAGGUGGAGUUCAUCCUCGCCUGUAAUGAUCUGGUGGCCUCAGGCGGUGACAGGAAGCCCAAUGCUUUGGUCCAGGUGGCUGUCAUAGAUCCGCACAAGCAUCACCUCGUCUCUCAUGCCUGCACAGAGAUAGUGGAGGCGAACAAAGACCCGCUGUUUCUGACGGGGGUGACCUUCCCUUCAGAGUAUCCUGCUAGCCUGGAGACACUAGUCAAGCUAACUGUGUAUGAUGCGAAGGACAAGACCCAGGAAUCAAGCAGCUUCCUGGGCAGUGCCACAUUUUCAGUAGGCGAUCUGCUGAGGGCUAAAGAUGAACGACUGACCUUGAGUCUCAGGUCAUCUGAUGGCAUGUGUGCAGCGGGAACAGUGGUGGUGAGUCAUCUGAAGAUGGGGGAGAUGGAGGACGUAGACCACAUCACCACUGAGAUAUCAUCACACAAGUGUCCCUUGGUUUCUGAGUCCGCGUCCCAUUCCUGCAUCGACCGGGAAAAUAACCCGCUGACAGGUCCAGUGUUCAAGAACCCAAUAUGCAAGGUGUACCGAUUUCAAACAGUGGACAGCAAGUGGAUGCUUGUGCGAGAACAAAUGGAGGAGUGCACGUUGUCCUUUAGCAUCCCUAAGCAGCUGCUCUCGCGGUAUAUUCAGGAGGACAUGAGCAGGGUGCAGGAGCUGAGAGAGCUGGGCGAGCUUUCUCCUCACUGGGACAACUUAAGAAAAGAGGUGAUGACACGAUACGGAGGAAUCAUCAGCUCCUACCAGGAGACUUUGGCUGAACUGGACAAGAUUACUGGUCGCUCAUUCAAGCCAAGCUGCUGCAAAGCUCAGAAAUCUCUGGAGUUCAUCCCAAUAAACCUGCACACCCAGAGGAUGAGAGUGACGUGCCCCAGAAAAACAGAUGCUUUCUACGACGUUGUCACUGUCGGCGCCCCUGCUGCCCAUUUCCAGGGGUUCAAGUGUGGUGGUCUGCAGCGUCUCCUCAGCAGAUAUGAAGCAGAGAAAAAGAGCUUCAGCACUGCCUACCAGUGUAUCUACUACUCCCCAGAGCACACAGCUAAAGCUCAGGAGGUACUCAGCACCAUGAGCCUCCUCCAGCCCCUCAUCACAAGCCUAGCAGACCAGCUCCUCCAGGCUGCCCACGUGCACUCUUCCUCUGGACUGAGGGAUGCACUGAAAAACCUUUCUGACAAGACAGAACAAUUUGUUCACACACUUAAGGAUGAAUUGGUCAAGAGUGCACUGCUGGCACUGCAUGCAGCGCGGCCCGGGUACGUUUCCAAGAACCAGAAGCAAACCCCGGUGCAGGGAGGCCAGCAUCAAGGCCACAUCCACCAGGGCAGUGACCAGAACCCAAGCCUGGUCCAGGGACUUCCAGGUCACAGUCCGGCCACGUCCAUCACUGACAACACAGCGGUGUGUAAUAAUGUGGAAGGAUCACAAAGCAUGAAUAGAGGUGAAGGUGUGCCGCUGAAGCACCAGGACUCCAUACCGCACCAUAAAGAGUACGACGAGGAGGAGUGGGACAGGGUGUGGGCCAACGUGGCCAAAUGUCUCAACUGUGUAAUCGCCAUGGUAGAUAAACUCCAGGAAGAAGACAACAGCAAGCAAGAGCCAGUCCCUGAGCAGCAGCUAGCUGAUGUCAUCAUCUCACACAACCCUGGCGACUGGAGGGAGCAGCUGUGUCCUCUGGUGAACAGGUUAAAGGAGUGUGUGAUGGAGGUGGUGGAGAAGGCUAAGAGAGCCAUGGCCUUUGUGCUCCUGCAGGAGGCAGCCUGCAGCAUUCCACAGGGCUUACUCCUUCAACAGAGGCGUGACGUGGUCUUCAGUCAGGCACUGGCAGCCUUAGCCUGUGGAUUUGUCAUGAGGCUGUAUGCAGGAAUGCAGGACAAAGGCUUCCUGAGGCAGCUCCACCUGGUCGGCCUGGUUGCCCAGUUUGAGAGUCUGCUCAGCACCUACAGUGAGGAGAUCGGGAUGCUGGAGGACAUGGAGGUUGCGAUCUCAGACCUGCAGAAAGUCCUGUUCCAGAUUACAGAGGCCAAGACAGAUGACCUCAGUGACCUCCAGCCUUUAGUGUGUGGCCGACGAGACCACUUCACUGUAGAAGUGCCAUUACCACGACUGGUUUUCCAGACCUUGCCAGAGGAGAUCAAGGAGGGAAAGCCUCUACGAGUAUUCCCGGUGCUGUUUAACGUGGGCAUCAACGAACAGCAAACAAUAGCCGAGAGGUUCGGAGAUAUCUCUCUACAAGAAAGAAUAAACCAGAGGAACUUUGAGACAUUAGAGGCCUAUUACAAAUCAUUAAGUGAAAAGGUGCCACUAGAAUGUCUACCAUGUUUUCAGACACAGACUGACAUAAAAGAAUUACUUGAAACCCUGGGCCAGAAUGUAGUUACAAAAAAGAGAAAGAAUGUGGAGAUACUAUGGAUUGCUGGAACGAUCUGCCGAAGGUUAAAUGGCAUCAGGUUUACCAGCUGUAAAAGUGCCAAAGACCGGACAUCCAUGUCUGUCACAUUAGAGCAGUGUGCCCUCCUACGUGAUGAACACCAGCUCAACAAGGAUUUCUUCAUCCGGGCUCUGGACUGUAUGCGAAGAGAAGGAUGUCGCAUUGAGAACGUUCAAAAGAAUAUUAGAUGCAGGAAAUAUGCCUUCAACAUGUUGCAGCUGAUGGCCUUUCCCAAGUGCUACCGACCACCGGAGGGGACUUACGGUAAAGUUGACUCUUGAGGACGAAAACCGCAGUCAUUGUGUGUUGAUGUUUUAUUGUUUGUAACCCAAAAACUUGGCUGGAUUUUAUAUUUUUGCUGCUGUUUUUUUUUUGGCUUUGGUUGAAUGUGUUUCCAUGCAGGAUUUGCUAAAACUAAUAAAAAAAUAUUUGUAUUAUGAAUGCACUUUCCAUUACUGCCUUGUUUAUUUUUGGCCUAAGCAGUGACGAUAGAGUUUGUAAAUAAUCCCUGUCCACUUACUAGCUUUCUGGGCAAUUUAGGAGGUGAUGCAUCUGAGGGAGCUCGGUUCACUGACCAGCUUAAGUUAACAGCUUUUAUUUAGAAAAGGCUAGUUAGGGGGCCUAACUGUUGUUCUCUCCAUAAGAACUUGGAACAAACAAUUUAUAGCCUCAUUCCAUGUUUGGAGUUUCGAACGGCGAAAGUUCAAGAUUUCUGCAGUUCUUGAGCAAUUGUUCUCUACAUUUUAUAAUUUUGCAGGUCCAAACAUUGCCUUUAUUGUUUUUAACUGUUGCAGAUGUAUUUUCCAUUAAUUUGUAAUAAGUAACAUAACAGUAUUUUAAAGCUUAUGUUAAAUCCUGUUUCCUUACUCAUCUGAUUAUCUCAAUGGUUGCACUCAAGUUUUUUCCAUAAUGUUUUUAUAUCUCAAGGUACAGGCCAGUGAAACAGAAUGAGGAUUUUGGACCUGCAAUAUCUCGAAUUUAAUUAUUUAUUUUUGUAUUCUAAAAUGAUUGUAUACUUAAAGGGUUAAUACCUUGGACUUUAAUGCAUGUUCUUUUUUUGUUGUUAUACAUUGGACAUUUACAAUUUUCUUUUGAAUUUAAAUACAAUAAAAUAAUGGCUUGAUGUUAAUAUGUGAGAU